CUCAGCAGGAACAGAGAGCCGGAGCUGCAUUGGGGGACCGCGGAGCCGUCGGGCCCCCUGCUGAACUAACUCCCUUUACAGCUUGCCUUGCAAGACCGACGUGCCCAGUCCUGUAAGGCACAGCACUCAUCGUCGGCAAAGCCUGGGAGUGAGGGUCCCUGAGUACUAGUACCCUCACUUUCGUGGACGCCUAGUGACCUAGGCAGCCGCCUACCCCUCCCCCCGCCACAAGCACACACAUACCUUUUUUUUUUUUUUAAAGCCCGGGCUUCAGUUUCUCCAUCUGGAAAGAGUGGAGAGUUGGAUGUUUCGAGUUCAAGAACGCCAGAACUGUCAUGGGUUAUAUGCAGAAGGGGGAGAUGGGGACCUACACGUGACCUCCCUGUCCGCCCCCCCCCCCCCCCGGGUCCGGGAGAUGGAAGCACCCGGAGAGAUCGGGCGGGGGUGGGCGGAUCCUAAGAGCCCUACACCGCCGCCCUCCGCUGCCUCUAAGGCGGAGCGCGCGGCUGGGCGUCCCGCCAGCCCUGGCGACGGCACCGGAGGAGGGUGGGGGCCGCGACCCGGUCUUCGCAGGGUACCACCGUGGAAGCGAGGGGGUUGCAGAGACUCGGCGUGUGAUUCGGAGCUCGCCUGCGGAGAAUGGACGAGGGGACGGAGGACAGCUAACGGGCCCCCUCUGUCUUGGCACCGGCUCUGGGGAGGCGCACGUCGCAGGUCCCGAGCGGUGUCGACCUAACAUCGGGCCAUGAGGAGCGCACGGGACGCCCGGCCGCCUUCUGCUCCGGUGAGGGCGCGCGUGUGAGAGGGGGCACCGGCGGCCGCGGCGCGCACCGCCAUGGCUAGCGAGGAGUGCAAGGCGAUGCUGGACGCGCUCAACAAGGUGACCGCGUGCUACCACCACCUGGUGCUGACCGUCGGCGGCUCGGCGGACUCGCAGAACCUGCGCGAGGAGCUGCAGAAGACGCGCCAGAAGGCGCAGGAGCUAGCGGUGGCCACCUGCGCCCGACUGACGGCCGCCCUGCGCGACCGGAACCUGCAAGGCGAGGAGCGCCGGGAGUUCGAGCGCCUCUGGGUGACCUUCUCUGGCUGCCUGGACCUGCUGGAAGCCGACAUGCGGCGCGCACUGGCGCUGGGCUCCGCCUUCCCGCUGCACCGGCCGCGGCGGCCCCUGGUGCGCACCGGCGUGGCGGGCGAUGCCUCCCGGGUGGCCGCGCGCGCCCUGAGCGCCCGGAGCCUGCGGCACGAGGCGGAGAGCGACUUCGACGCGCUCGACCUGGGGCAGCUGGAGCGAGAGAUCCUGCAAGUCAGCGAGAUGAUCCACAAUAUGGAGAUGAAGGUCAACGUGCCCCGCUGGACGGUGCAGGCCCGGCAGGGUCCGGGUGCCGAGCUCCAGUCCGUGGGCGCCGCCGCCAUCUCCUCGGUGGGCUGCGGGUCGGUGCAAGAGCGCACUGGGCCCUGCGACCUGAGCAAGGCCAAGGCCGCCGCGGUCUUCGGCGCCGUGCUGCUGUCCGCUGUGGCCCUGGCCGUGUGCGUGGCCAAGCUGAGCUGAAUCGCCCCUUUGACUGGCCGCCCCGAGACACCCCUCCGGGAAGGAGUCCAGCUCCUGCCAGGACGGGGCGCCACGACCGGAUGGGAGUGGGAUCUGGCACGUUUAAAGGGGGGAUGGUUCUAAAACUCCACCACCAUCAUGUGUGCAUGUGUGUACAAUCGCUUUUCAAGCACACAUCUGCAUGAGCGGAACAAGGUUUCCUCCGGCUGACCCCAGAGGAGUUAAUUUUUCGCGGGCCGCCAAGGCAUUACCUCUAAUAGUUCCUGUGGGGAAACUGAUUUUGAAGAGUCCUUUUAAGAAGCUUUUGCCAGAAUGCGAGAUUGAAUGUUGCCUGCUUAUAUGUAUGUGUCAGGCAUACAGAGAAUGAACUAUACAGAAAUGAAAAUAUUUGUUAAUGAGAUGGGAUUUUGAAUGUUAUUUUUUCAAUGCCCUAAUCUAAUGUUAUAUUUUUCAAUAAAAUUUUGAAUGCUCUUA